ACAAUUAUAUUAUGGUUAUUUAAUCACAAUUCACCCGAAAUCAGCUGAAAAACAUAAUAGUAAUAAUAAUUUACUAUUUACGACAGCUACAAACAACAUAAUUUUAUAAUUUUAACAAUUUAAAAACAAUGAAAUAGUUUGUUAGUGAAAUAAUAUAUGUUCAUUCAUGCUAUGGCAAAUAGAGUGACAGUAGUAAAAAAGUAUAUUUCAAAAUAAUGUUUGCGAAAAUGAGUACCAAAGCGCUAAACACUUGGCGACUUGCAUGCUACCCUGCAUCUCCAGUUAUUAACCGGUAAAACUUUGCACAUACUUUCAAUUUCUCUAUUUAAGCUAUAUAACCAUAACCCCUAUAGGCUCUACUAUUUCUACUGCUUACCCAUGAGACAUUCUUCCAGUACAUUUUAAACUAGUUACAACUAAGACUAAACUGAAGAAUUGGUCAAGAUGAUACCUUCAUCUACUUUUUGCUAUCAAACCUCCCGCUACCAGAGUAGAGUUCACAGAUAUAAUCUGGAACAGCCGCAUUAAUCACAGUGCCGUUCUAGAGAUCUUUUUUGCCACGUACCAUCCCAUAAUUGCGAUAGCUCGUUGCUGUUUUCCAAGCACCAAAAGAGUAAACGAUUUUUUUCUGUUUUUGCUUUGGUAGGCAGAUGAGCAUGCGGCCUACCUGAUGGUAAGCAGUUAGUGUCGCUCAUGGACGUCCGCAAUGGCAGGGACAGAGUCAAACCGCUGCCUACCACUUUAAAUGAGGUUUACGAGUACUCAGCAGUAGGCAGCAACUUGAUUGUUCCACUAGGGCCAUAUGCUUGUAGUUGGCAGACAAAGGAAAAGCAAUAUAAAAAACUUAAUAGAAUUAAAACUUUUUAAUUAAAAGCUGCCAGUAACAGGCAAGAUAUGCAGAAGAAGGCCCAGAAGCAGUCCAAUGCGCUGGUUGGAUCAGGUACACUCUACCCUCAACAUCUGAGUCCAUGAUACCAUCCAUGCAGCCGAAGAUAGACUGAACUGGCACAAUAUAGUCCAAGAGAUUAUUCAUGACCAUCAACAUUAAGGAUUAUUAACAUGACAAGGAGGAGGAGGAGAGUAUAUACAACAUAAUGCUUGAUGAAUUUUCCAGAAUAAUCACAUAUCCAAAAUGGAGAUACUAUGCAACAGCCAAUUUAUACAGUAAAGAUGAGAAUCAUGGGCGUACUACACUUGAUUCCUCCGAGAUCAAAAUGUUUUCAAAACAAAUGAGUGAAUGGUGGGAUGUCAAUGGUUAUCUAAAAUCAUUACAUGCUAUGAAUAAAGUGAGAAUACCAUUAAUUAGAGAUGGUCUCAUACAAACAUCGGAAAGAACCUUAACACCUUUGCAAGAUAAAAAAAUUCUCGAUGUUGGUUGUGGGGGAGGCAUCUUGGCAGAGGGCUUAGCUAGACUCGGAGCGAAUGUGACAGGAAUAGAUGCAAGCGAAGAUCUCAUAAACUUAGCCAGAGAACACAGUGAAACUAAUCCAAAAAUAAUUAACAAUAAACCAACAUAUUAUCACUGUACUAUUGAGAAUCACAUUAAAACACAUAAAGAACACUAUGAUGCUGUUGUUGCAUCAGAGGUAAUUGAACACAUAACCGAUAAGCAGUUAUUUGUGAAUUCGUGCGUUGCAGCAACGAAACCCGGAGGUAGAUUAUUCUUCACGACGCCAAAUAAAACCAGGAUAUCGCAGUUCCUAACUAUAUUUGUUGUCGAAAAUAUUAUAAAAAUCGUAAAAAAAGGAACGCAUCAGUACGAUAAGUUCAUUACACCUAAUGAAUUAACUUUCCUGUUAGAGAGAAAUAACUGCCUAGUGGAAUCGAUAUACGGCUUGUUCUACAAUCCGUUAAACAACAGUUGGCAUUUUACAAACUCACAACUUCUACUAUACGCUUUACAGGCCAUCAAACUGAAGUCAUUGUAGUUUUAGAUUAUUAUUUUUUAUCGCCUAGAUGGGUGGACGAGCUCACAGCGCACCUGGUGUUAAGUGGUUACUGGAGCCCAUAGACAUCUACAACGUAAAUGAUCCACCCACCUUGAGAUAUAAGUUCUAAGGUCUCAAGUAUAGUUACAACGGCUGCCCCGCCCUUCAAAUCGAAACGCAUUACUGCUUCACGCCAGUAAUAGGCAGGGUGUUGGUACCUACCCGCGCGGAAUCACGAGGUGUAAGUACCACCAGUAAAAGUGAAAAGUUGGUUAAAGUUAUUUAAAGUAAAAACGUCUUUAGUAACUUUUGUGAUUUGGUGAAACGAAAAAACGUCCACAUUAAAAAGACAAACAUAAUAUGUUAUGUCCUGUGGCAGAAUAGAUAAAAAAGAAAUCCUUUCGAUCGCGUGCGAAUACACACCUUUCUUUUUUUUAAGAGUUUGUUAUUGUUAUGAUUUGAAUAAAAAUAAAAAUACUCUGAAUAAAACAC